AUGGCUCUUACGGAUUCAAUGUUCUUGUUCGAAAUAAAAGUUGAAGAAUUGAAAAGCUUCAUCAACUGCAGGGAGUUUAUCAUCAAAAGUCAGUUCGCUGAUGUAUUUAAUAUAAAUCUAAAAGAUCCCAAUGAAUCAGGGACAUACUUAAGGACUAGACCACAUAAGGUUAAACGGAAAACUAGAUCACGAACUGCUAAACCCUCGGACAAAUCACCAAAGUCACCAUCGCCUGAGGCUCAGACAGGAGUAUCUGUCUUAGUUGAAAAUAAUGCGGACAACCUUAUUUCAAAUAUGAAUCAGUAUCCUAUGGAAUUGUCGUUAUGGAGUAAACUUGUACCUGAUUAUAAAAUAGGUUCAACUAAUAUUUCAUGGAGUGCACCUUUUAUCGACUAUUUGAAAAGACUUAACAAAAAACAGGAACCGGUUUGUGUUCAAGGCGAUUACAAUGUUUUCCAUGAAAUGAAUUCAAAACGUAUGGCUGUGGUUAAAAUGGUUGUCAAAUUGAGUUACAUAAAAUAUAAACCUACAGUGAUUAGUAACAUUACGAACAAACCCGAUCCAUUAACUGAAGGUAUAAUAGCCGUGAAUAGUAGUAAGAAGCGAAGAGGCAGUCCGUUCAAUCAAAACACAAAAAUAAAUAUUAAAAAAAAGAAGGAAGUGAAGUCCAAAGAAGACUCUAGUAGUAAGGAACGAUGCUCGAAAUUCGAGACUAAUGAAGAUAAAAGAGAUAAUAAAAUUGAGAGCCAACAAAAUAAAAGUGGCGUUGCUUCUGUAGUAAGAAGCUACACAAAACUACGCAACAUCAAACAUGUAGAUGUUAUAAAAACUAAAUCAUGCUCAUCUAUAGAUAAAAAAAUGUAUGAUUACAUUUUUGGAGGUAGUCCUUCAGGGCCAUUUGGCAAUCAAAUCUACUGCGUAUCAUACUUUACAGUUGCAAAAGAUUUUGUAGAUUCCCCUAAGUCAGAAGAAACAGAGAAACCCACAUCCGAGAAAACCGCAUCUGAGAAAUCUAAAUCCCCUUCCGAGAAAACGAAAUCCCCUUCCGAUAGAUCACAAGCUAUGUCCGAAAAAUCGAAAUCUGAUGGCGAGCAAGAAGAAGAAAAUUAUAAGUUCAGAGUUUGUAAAGGUGACUGUCCGAGGAAAGUAGCAGGAAAUGUGUCUGGCACUCGUAGCUAUUGUUCCCUAGAUUUACCGCUAAAGGCCACCGAACUAAUUACUGUAAAAAAAUGUGGUCACAUUGAUUGCGAAAAUAAAAUAAUGAGAAAACUACCAACUCCACCAGAUAAUCGUACUCUGCUAGAGCUAAGUACCCGGGGAAGAGAUUGUUGUGAUGUCAGAGAAAAAGUUGAAGAAGUGAUCGGAGGAAUGACUGCAAAGAUGAAGUUCGGUAGCGAACCCUGUUAUUGUGAAUGCGAAUGUCAGUUUGGCUUCAUAAAGAAAACAACAUUUUGUGAUAUAUGCGGUGGGUAUGAAGUUUUUGGAGAUGAAUAUGCAAAAACACCUGGAUUUGAUUUGCCCUUUCCUUGCCCAAUCUAUCACAAAUUAGCUGAUAAAAAUAGAUUGAUGAAGCUUAGUACAUCUGGUAGCGAUACUAAAAGAGAUAAGAAAGAGAUUGGGGAACCUAAGAAAAAAGAAGUUCCUGAGCCUAAGAAAGAAAAAAAAGAAGCCGUCGAGUUAAAAGGAGAUAAAAAAGGAGCAAGUGAAUCAAAGAAAGAUAAAAAAGAUCCUGCUGAUUCUAAAAAGGAGAAAAAAGGACCCGAAAAGGUCAUUGAAUCCGAAAAAGAAGUAACAAAAAAGGGAAAACAUAAAAAAAAGGACGACAAAUUUAAAUUUAACUACGGUUAUUCAGGUAUACCACCGCACAUUGGACAUAGUCACUGCGCAUUGCCUUGUACAGGCACUUUGACUGUGGUACCCAAGACUAUGGGCUGGCUUUGGAAUGCUGAAAACGUACCUGGUAUAAAGUUCCGUCCGCAAUGGAAGCCCGGUGCCACCAAUAAGCAUAUAGUAAGGUUGCUUAAAAUUGCUAAGAAUCCCGGUGAAGUCAUUGCUAAAAGAUUCAGGAAAAAAGAUUUAGGGAAGGUGAAAAGACCACUUAAGCGUCCUUUACUCAUUGUGCAUAAGAAGGAGGGUGAAUAUACUGUGACUAUGGAAACUAUGAAAACAUAUACGAAACCGAGAACAUUUAACCAGUAUCCGUACGAAGAUAAACCACUCGUGACUUACACGAUAGGAAGGACAGCAGAGGAGAAUCUAGAAAGAAAGAAAAAGAAAGAACGUGCGCAAAGGCGGCUGGAGAGACUUCAACGUGAUUUCGUUCAGAGUGCAUUCAAAGAUAUGUGCCAUGAAAUUUGUCUCAAGACGUAUCAACAAGCGCUUGGUAUAUUGCCUAAUGCGGAAAAGCCGGAUUGUCCUUGUUACAAGCCAGAAGAAGAUCACGAGGACUCUCAGUCCUGCUCUUGUUCUGAAGACAAACAGCUGACGGAAUCCGAUACUGAUUCCGAUGAAUGGAUUGUUGAAUUUACUCCUCCUACUGCCACUUUUGAUCCAACGUUUAAAUGUAAGAAAGUUCUAACUGCCGAUAGCUCUUCCCAGUACACAUACUUGGACUACAGAGUAAAGCUUUUAGAUAGGUACGGUAAUCCAGUGCCAAGAUAUUUCAAAGGUCCUGAUGGGAAACAGGAAUGUAGCGAUUUAGGUGGGUUUUGGGGUCCUGAUGGGAAGUGGCUAGAGAUAAACACGGAUGGCCAUAUUGGACCCGACGAGAAAUGGGCUCCAAAUAUCUUCAUAGGACCGGAUGGAGAGCACGUUGAUGCGGAGACUGGCAAAUUUCAAUCAUCAGACGGUAAGUGGCUAGUGGUCGGAGUAGACGGCUACGUAGAACAAGGCAAGUGGAAGUUCUAUCCUAAGACGAAGCCUCCACAAGAGCCAAAAAAGAAAGGAUCCGGUAAGAAACCUGACAAGAAAGAAGAUAAACAACAAGGCUUGAAGAAUGUCGAGGCCACUUGGAGUUGCUUUGGGAGUGCAUCACCCAAACAAUUGUCCAAAAUGGGAAUUGUAGGGCAUGGGCAAGAUAAGAAGCUAUUAUUGUCUACAUUACAAACCAUGAUGGCACGCGGAGAAGAUGUGAAAAUUCCAGAGCCUAAAACUAUCCCGCGGUCUGGUAAGACCAAAGGAAAAUAUGGUUCAACUCGUGCGCGCACUUUCGUUGAGAGGAAGAAAUGCAAGCACGCGACGCCGUCAGACAAAGGUAUCAUUGCAGUGGAUGGUCGCGGGAAUAAGAUAUAUUUCAGACUGAAAGAUUAUCGCAAUAGAAGACCUAAAGAUAGGGUGAAUACUCUUACAGAACAGGGCAUAAGUGUGAGCUCGUUCCAUAUGCCAUGUUUCCAUUCGUUUAUAAGCAGCGAGAUCAUGAAGAAGGAGCAAUAUGAUCGGCUCGUAGCUCUCGCUAAAGCUGCCGGCAAGGGUAAGAAUAAAGGGUCGAACGAAGUCGAACGAAAAGGGGGAGGAGCCCAAAGGUGUACCACAGCAUCCACGCAAGCUGACUUUGUUUACGUUGUGUAAUUUUAAUAAUUGUGAAAUGUUUUGGUGUAGGAAUUUGGCAUAGGUUUAGACAGUUGAACUUUUAAGCGGAAUUUUAUUCGGAUACGUGCUAAGUCAAAUUUUGUAACGUUAUGGUAACUUGUAAGAAAUAAAUUAUUUAUUGAUUA